AUCUCUCUCUCUCUCUCUCUUUUUAUGUUAUUUUUUCCUUCUUAUCUUAUUUUUUUCAACUGACCGGCACCAAAAAGUCUGAACCAAGUCCAUGGGCAAUUAAUAAAGCCCUGUUUCUCUGUAAAAUCCCUGGAGAAAAAUCCCUGUUUCUCCAUCAACUCUUAUUUUUGCAACUGACCGUCACCAAAAACUCUGAACCAAGUCCAUGGGCACUUGAUAAAGCCCCGUUUCUCUAUAAAAUCCCAGGAGAAAAUCCCUGUUUCUCCAUCUAUCUAUCUCUCUCUUUCUCUGCCCCAUCUCUCUCUAUCUAUCUAUCUCUCUCUUUCUCUCUCUGAUUUCAGAGAACAUGUAUAAGAAUACACGUCCGGCACCUUCGGCAUCGUUUAACGUUGCGCAUCCGCCUACACAGGGAAUUCCUGUCUCACCUCAUCACCUUCACAUUCCAAACGCUUCUUCGCAGACAUGGUCAACUGGUCUCUUCAAUUGUUGUGAUGAUCCUGGAAAUUGUUGCAUCACAUGUUGGUGCCCAUGCAUUACCUUUGGUCAGAUAGCUGAAAUUGCCGAUAGGGGAAUAACCUCAUGUGGAGUGAGUGGUACGUUGUAUGGGCUCAUGAUGUUGAUCCUUGGGGGCUCACGUUGCUACUCAUGCUUCUACCGUUCAAAGUUAAGGAGCCAAUAUAACCUCCCAGAGUCACCUUGUCCCGAUUUCCUUGUUCACUUGUGCUGUGAAGGAUGCGCCUUGUGCCAAGAGUACAGGGAACUCAAAGCUCGUGGUUUCGAUAUGCCAAUUGGUUGGAUUGGAAACAUGGAGAAGCAGACUCCAGGGGUGACCACCUUGCCACCGUCUAUGGGAGGGGGUAUGGCUAGAUAAUAUCCAUUCAUCGCGUUUAUGUGUGAAGGAUUUGUUUAUUAUUAUUUUUUAUAAAGCCGUGGUUUGUAUAAGGCCAAGGCCCUAAACUAUAAAGUAGGGCGCACUUUCAAAUAAUAUCAAAA